CCGGAUACCCUCGCCGCCCACGGUGCUCCGGUAUACUCCAGGUACUGGCCGAUGGUGGUCGCACAGCCAAACCCAUCUUUUCCACGUACUCUAGUGCAGAGUAUCGCUUUUCUAUUGCCCCAUUCGAGCAGAUUGAUAGGAACAAAUGGUCAGGGAGUAUCAGGGAGCAUUCAACUUCAUGUGGGCAACGGUCUUGACGCUCGUUGAGUCGCUUGUAAAACGCUAUGUCCUUGGCCAGCUGGUGCUCUUCUAACCACUCCUUUUCCGGGUCGCUCAGGUCGAGGCGGAUGGUCUUCACUGCAAUCGUUGGGCUGACGUGGUAGACAUAUGCGGCGGCAUCUCCGCCGAGCCAGUUAUGCUUGUGUAGAGCAUCGGCAUAGUGGAAGGCUAUUGUGAUUCCAGACGGACUACCUUUUAAUAAUCGGUCGUGAGAGUCCUUGUUAGGCAUCCAACCAUCCAACUACGGAGUAAACAAGAAGUAAAAUUGACUUCGAGCGAAUCAACGGUUACUUUAAGGUUAUCCCGUAGUGGACCCAUUAUACCCACGUCACGUGUAAAAUAGCCAAUCAACAGCUCUCAAUUCUUUGGCUCAGUCUAUCUCUCACUUGUCACGUGAAUUUUUUUCAUUACAUAACUAACUCAAGGUACGUACCUUGGAGCUUCUUUCCAUCCAUCCGUUUUGAUCUCAACUUUCAAGAAACCUAACAGCAGACGGCGAGAGAUGGCGAGGAAGCGCCGCCUGAUGCGCAGGGAGAUCACAUUCUCCUCUGCAUCAGACUGACAUCCUCCACGCCUUAUCGUUCUACCCCCAAUCCGUCACUUUCUUCACCCGGCUACAGACCAAGCUGAGCCUCAUACAAGAAGCUGCUGGGUACCAUCUUCGACUUUCCCCAGAAGCAUGUUUCGUUUCCUCCAAAUUCAAAGAUUGGCACUGGAGAAGCUUCAAUGUCUACAUUCCCGUUACCGUUGCCGGGCGUAGGCGGGCACUCAUCCGAUUCCCUCUCCCCCAUCGCGUUGGCGAGGUUUUCAGACCAGGCAAUGCGGACGAAAAGAUCCGUUGUGAGGCCGUAUGCUUGGUUACAGGAGAAUUGUCCGUCUGUGCCAAUUCCACAGCUACAUGGCUUUGCACUAUCAACUGGUCAAACUGUAUGUUCACAUUUCUAAUACUUGCUAUUCCCUGUCGGUUCUGAUCGUUAUUAUACACUCUUCUAUUGAUUCACCGCUAUCGAAAACCUACCCAUUAUACCUCGAUAUAUAGAAUAUAUCUGCCGUUUUGUCUUGAGAUUGCUUGCAUAUCCACUCCCUUCUACAUACAUCUCUCGUAGGACAUCAAUCACUCAGUCUCUUACUCACACUGUAGGAGCCGGGUAUAUACUGGUCGAUUACGUUGAGGAGGCUGAUGGUGCCAUGCUCUCACGCACAUGGGAGGACCGCCGCAGUGACGCCAGGCUUCGAACCAACCUUUAUCGAGGCUUGUCAAGGAUACUCCUUGACAUGGCCCGUAUUCCACUGCCCAGAAUUGGUUCGUUCAUAAUAGACGACCACGGCUAUAUCCAGCUAUCCAACCGACCAUUCACCCUCGAAGUUGCUGACAUGGAAAACUGCAACAUUCCACUUAAUAUGCCUCGUGAGGUCACAUUUUCCUCAGCUGAUUCAUAUCUUGCCAGUGCAAUCUCACUGCACGACAACCGACUUCGGCACCAGCCCAACGGAGCCAUUGAUAGACAAGAUUGCAUCGACCAGAUGUCUGCUCUAACAAUGUUCAGGGUUGUGGCUUCUCGCUUAUUCAAGCCCGAACUAUCCCAUUGUCCGUUCGUUUAUAUGCUCAAUGACCUUCACAGAAGCAAUAUCCUAGUCGAUAAGGACUGGAAUAUCAAGUAUGUAAUUGACCUAGAGUGGGCGUGUGCAAAACCCAUUGAAAUGCUGCAUCCACCUGGAUGGCUUACCAGUCAAGCUGUCGAUGUGAUCUAUGACGACGCUUAUAAUAAACAGCGACUAGAGUUCAUGUCCAUCCUACAAGAAGAGGAACAACGGAUAUACGGUGGGUCCGACAGUAUCUCCAAAACCAUGCCUCAGGGCUGGAGUAAUGGGACUUUCUGGUAUUCUUUAGCACUCCAGAGUCAAACCGGAGUAUUUUCCAUCUUCUACGACCGUAUACAGCCACGAUUUGAGCGAAGUCAUGCUACAGACUCAAACUUUUACAGGAUUGCCUAUCCAUAUUUCACCAUGGAUGCACACGCAUUUAUUGCUCAUAAGUUGCAGCAGAGAGCUGAUUAUGGUAAACAGCUUCGCAUUGAAUUCGACAUGCCACAGUUGCCUUACAUAUAUUUCUCCAAUAUACUACUCUUCUCUGCAGCAACAAGUUAGAAAAAGAAUCCUCGACUACUCAUCCGCUCCCUGGUCUCUGCGUCGGUCCGCCUGUUCCUGUCGCGAUUUCUUCGCUGCCUUUGCUGAUGAUGACAGUUGGAAAGCAUCCGUUGGUUUUAUAGUGAUAGCAGUGUGGACAGUUGCAUCAUAACUUGGAUGGCCUGUACUGGUUCCUAAAUCAUUCCUUUCGCCCGGGUGACGACCCUCUAGGUGGCUUAGUGCCUCUCGUCUACUGAUAUUCCCCUGUCUGGGAGUUUUGGCUGCUUUCGCUGAUGACGACAACUGAAACGCAUCCUCGGGUCUUAUAGGGAUUGCGGUCUCUACCACUCCAUCGUAGCUGGAUCCGAUUCCUCCCCCUGACCGGCUUGCUCUACUAUCUUGCCC